AUGACAUCAUAUAUGUGGCGCGAAGGCGCUCUGCCGCUGCUGUCACUAAUCCUCCUGCUGGUCGUGAUUUGUGCCCGGGCAACGCCAAUGCCAACAACAGCCGCAUUGGCCAGCGGGCAACAGGAGCAGGAACAGGAACGGGAGCUGACCACCAUUGAAACGACACUUGAGGAGGAGCAGCCGCAGUCGCCGUCGCCGUCGCAGUCGCAUCGCAUUGACUGCAAAUUGACUUUCGAUGCGACAAUGGACUCGUUAGGGCAACAGCAGAUGCAGGACAAUGGCUGCAACGUGCUGCACAGCAGCAGCACUAAUAAGCCAGCGGAUGCGGAUGAGAAUGCGGACCACGAGCACGACCACGAGGAACAGGCACAGGACGAGCACCACAAGCUGGAGCCGGCGAGUGUCCUGCGAAAUUCAAUGUCUGGCAGCAGCAGCAGCAGCAGCAGCAGCAAUCAGCCCCUUUAUGAAUUACAAUUGGUUGUUUGGCCCUCAGAUAUUGAGGUUGGGCAUGACAUUGGCAGCACAACCACCAGUACAACAGCGGGGACGACAACAGCGGGGACGACAACAGCAGCAACAACGACAACCACAACUCCAACACCAACGCCAACAACAAUAACAACAACAACAUCAACAACCACAACUCCAACACCAGCAUCAUCGACACCUUCACAGUUGCCCUUAUAUGAGGAUCAAUUGGUCGUAUUUCCGCAAAUGGAUUUUGAAGAGGAAAAUUUUGAUUAUUUCUUUGAUGAGUUGCAACCAGCAGAGAACGCCUCAAGCACAACAACACGACCGCUGGCAUCGUCGACGACAACAACGCGCAAGACAACUGCAGGACCCGACGAACCGCAGCCAGUUUAUGUGCUGGAAAACUAUCGCAUCAAGCACGCCAACGGCACCGAGGAGCACAAAUUGGUGCUCAGCAAUGGCCUGGUCAACUACAUGAAGCUGUACUCGAAGCGUGUGGGCGACAAACUGAUCAAUGUGCAGGAGGGCUACAAUUCGGUGCCCGUGGCGGGACAGAAGCCGCAGAUCCAGACGCUUUACUACAUUGCCGAUGAGCGUGGCUAUAACGUCUACCGGAUCGAGCACGGCCCCCCCACAACGGUGCCGCCCACCCGCGUACGUUAUAAGGCCACCAAAUCACCAGAGUCAAAGCCAAAUAUAUGA